AGCGCAUGUCAUAUUUUAUUCCUAUUCUUUUAUAUCCUACAUAACCAGAUCGAUAUCCAGUGCGAGUCAAACAUAUUCUUUUCCAAUGCUGAUCAACAAGAACGCAGCUGAAGACGAACAUUUGUCAACACUCCACCACCGACUUGUUCCCUAAGUUUGCCUUCAACUAUACUUCCGCCAUGGCAAACACCAUCUAUGCGGUCACAGGAGGCAACAAAGGCAUAGGGCUAGGCCUUGUAAAAGGCUUAUUAGCCAGGCCAUUUACGACAGUCAUUGCAUCUGUCCGCAACAAAGAAGCAGCUGCCUCAUUGGAAUCCGCCAUUGGGAAUGCCCAGAAAGGCGACAGCAGCCAGAUCCACAUCAUGAUUCUCGAUUUCACCAAAGCUCCAACCCCGUCUGCUGUUCGCGAGGCUUUUGACCAGGCAACAUCUAGCGCGAUUGAUCACAUCGACGUCUUGAUCAGUAAUGCUGGUGCAGGCUGCCUGGCAUCGCCGGUAGCAUCACUCAGCGCCGAAGACCUCAGAAGCCUUUUCGAGGUCAACACUAUCUCGCCCUUGAUGGUGUUUCAAGGUCUUUGGCCACUGAUGAACAAGCCAAGAGCUACCGGAGAGAUCGGUCCCAAAUUCAUCGCCAUUUCGUCAAUAAUGGGGUCCAUCGAAUUCUUCAAACCCGUCCCUAGCGGCGCGUAUGGCCCAAGCAAAGCUGCUUUCAAUUGGCUUGUGAAGGGGUUACAUGUGCAGAACGAGAACCUGGUUAGCGUGGCUGUCGAUCCAGGCUUCGUCCGGACUUCAAUGGGCGAAUAUGCGGCCAGGCAGUGGAACGUUGAUGUUGAGCACCUGAUUGACGUCGAGAGCUCUGUCAGUGGAGUGCUUCAGGCUAUUGACGGAGCGAGUCGUGAGACCACGUCAGGAAAGUUGGUGUGCGUUCCAGACAAAAUUUUGGCUUGGUAGAUGUCACCCGGCAAGCAUGGCUUUAGUGUCUUCAAGCUACUCAAACGCAAGACGGGCAAAGUCAUGGGGAGUGCAGCCUUAGCAAGCACAUUUCCCCAGUAUGUCCUGAAGAUUAUCCAACCCAUGUUCCUUGGCAGAUCCUUUGCCCCCACUGGGCAAACGGACUCUGCUGGUCCAGAGAUCUGCCAGCGGACUUGAGUGAUUUUUUGAGCUGAGCUUAUUCUGUACUUGAGCCUGCAUUCAAUAGUGUAACGGGACCCCCGGUAUUCCAAUGCCGAGCAUGAAGAACGCCAUGCAGAACGUCGAGCUCGCCCAAUCAUAGCUUCAACUAAAAAUUUUGACCCCUUCA